ACACCCCGCCGGGUAUAUCUCAUCUUAUGUGAGGACAGGGCAGGACAGGACGGUAUUAUGAGCUGAAGAUUCCCCGCUGUGUUAUGAUGGUUUGUGAGCUGUUUAAAGGCGACACAUGUUCGGCAGAUACGCUGCUUCUUGUGUCACCUAAACGCAGCCGGGACCGGACAUUUUUUACCAAGACAGAGACCAGAAGAAGGAGACGCAACAUGUUUGAAGCUUCAGGGAUCCCUCUCAUCGUGCUGGACAUUACAUGCCUUAUCCUCGUUGGACUUCCUUUUUUCAUCCUCACCCCUCAACACAACCCUUUCAAACGGGGUUUCUUCUGUAGCGAUGAUUCUAUCAGAUACCCGCUCAAAGACGACACCAUAUCCUACCAGCUCUUGGGAGGAGUCAUGAUACCCUUCACGCUCACUUUGAUUGUCUGUGGGGAGUGCCUUUCUGUUUACCUGUCCCGCAUCAAGAACCAGUCUUUGGGGACCAAGUAUGUGGCAUGUGUCUACAAAGUGGUGGGGAGCUAUGUGUUUGGAGCUGCUGCUAGCCAGUCUCUGACGGACAUCGCAAAGUACUCCAUCGGCCGCCUGAGGCCAAACUUCCUGGCCGUGUGCAAACCGAACUGGGAUCGUAUCAACUGCAAAGCUGGUGGAUACAUCGAGAACUUUACGUGUAAUGGAGACAAGUUUCUGGUGGAUGAGGCCAGACUGUCCUUCUUCUCAGGUCAUUCCUCCUUCUCCAUGUACUGCAUGCUGUUCCUUGUACUGUACAUUCAAGCCAGACUGAAGUCUGAGUGGGCGAGGCUCCUGCGUCCCACCAUCCAGUUCUUCCUGAUUGCAACGGCUGUGUAUGUGGGUCUGUCCCGAGUGUCGGACUACAAACAUCACUGGAGUGACGUGCUCGCUGGCCUCCUGCAAGGAGGUUUGGUUGCUACAUUUACAGCAUUCUGUGUGUCCAACUUCUUUGAACAGCCGGUGGAACCAGUGGUUUCACAGGAAGAAGAAGCCUCACACACCAGUUUACAGGAAAACCCUUCCAAUGGGAACCACUACGGCAGCACUUAGUGAAUCUGAAGCCUCAAAGACAAUGCUGUAAAGGGACUUUAUCCAUUAAAAUUGCCACAGAGGACCUAAAACACACUGAAGAACUCAACAAGUGCUUGAUAUUAUGCUGUCUGGCUGUCGCUGUGCACAGUUUGCCCUACGUUGCAGACGCUGCAGGCUUUAGCUGCUACCUUUGGUGUGGUGGCUAAACUUUAAUUACAGGAAGAAAAGUGCGCUGCAGAAGACAGUGCUUUCACUUCACUGAAACGUUAAGAUGAAGACUUUCUGCCAAGUUUUCGGGAAAUCCAACAUAGUGAGUUUAUGAUGGAAUUAAAAAUAAAAACACAGCAUUUUGGGUUUACCUUAGGACAGCUUGCUUUUUUACAGUGUGAGCUUGUUGAAAAUGUGGUUUUAGAGUAUAUAUUGGUCUGGUGUUGCUUAUACCAUGAAUGAAAUUCCUUUUGCUCAGAAUAUAAUGACUGUCUGUAUGCAGACUGCAAGCAGGCUUGUAGGGAGCCUGGCACCUGUGAAUAAGAAAACCUGGACUGUCCUUAAACGUAAAAUGGAGACUGAACUCAAGAGUAAUUUAUUUCCCGUUGAUUUUUGCCUUAGUCAGAUUGCUGCUACCUGCUGUCAUGUCCUUGAUAUUAUUCCAUGUUUGAAAAUGCAUGCAUUGAUUUUUUAAGUGUUAUUUUUCCUUUUCUUGUAAAACUUUUUUACAGUUUGUACGAUGCUCUGCGUGGUCUUUGUCCACUCUGAAAGCUUUAACUGUGUUGUUUAAAGCAGUUCUGGGAAAAUCGUCUUACAAAUAAAAGAGCUCUGUAUUUACCUUUUUGACACAGAGUAGGGAAAUUAUUUCUGUGUUUGGUCCCUGGCACAGUUGCUGAUUUGUCAGUAUCAGGGAGGGCUUCAAGGAAAAGAAACCAGAGAGAAAGCUUUUUCUCAUCAAAACACUACAAUAGUGAGUCAUUCUCUGUCUGCAGACAGACCAAAGAAACCGCAGGCAUGCAAAUGGACUGAUGACAAUGUAAAAACAAGUCCAUCUAAUGUACUGGUGGUAUCAUGAAUAUGGAGGUUAAGCACCACUCAGCACAUUACCAGACUGAUACUCCACUAGAGGAGAGUUUUGUUAGCAGAGGACACUGAGCCUUGGCUGUAACUGUCCGACUUCAGGAUGUGUAAAGGCCUAAUCCCAUUACAGUGGCGGAAAGAAGUAGGCUUAAGAGAAAUUAAACACACAAGGACACCCACAUUCAUUGACGUCAAGUCCCAUCAAUCAACUCAAAUCUGUGAGGAGUAUUGUACAGCAGAUUCAACUCAGGGAACUUUGAACUGGAGUUAGAAAACAAGAUGUUCAAAAGUAGCUGGCGAGUUGUCAACUAGCAAGGCUCAGUUGCCAGACUGCUCUUUUGAAGAUCAAAUUCAAGCUGUAUUGAUCUCAUAGUUGUCUUGACAUUGUUGAAAUUGUAGCUAUAACUAAAGGACUCAGGUUCUUCUGAAUGACCAGAAUUUAUCCUACCUGGCUUUUGUUGAAAUGCCCAAAAAACAAACUACAGCAGGAUAUAUUUUACUUUAUUUAUUUUUACGCAUUUGAGCUUCCCACUCAUGACAUCAGAGGAAAACGUGCGAGUGAAUCACAGUCACACACAAAAGGUCCAUACAGCUAUCUACAUUUCAGUGUGCUUUUUUCAAACUUUCCCAUGUGAGACUCUUGUUUUUGAUUCCACUCUCAGUUCCUGGUAAAGAUUCUGUUUUUCUCAACUCACAGAAUUUCAUGCAUACUUCGGCAUUUUAUUCUUCAGAGUGUCUUCAUGUUAACAUGUGGUAAACUACCCAAGAUAUAUUUCCCCUUGUGUCCUAACAGCACCAGGGCUGAAUUCACCCCUUGGACAAUAUGAAUAAAUGUAUUAACUGCAUGCAAACUAUGCAUGUUAUACAUAAAGAGAAGUGCUAUUUCUCAGAGAGGUUGCUUGAAUGCCUCAUGACAUGUUAAUAAAUAUGGACAUUGA